CAUGAAAACCUAGUGCACUACAUAGUGCACCACUCCUCCAGGAAACACUGGUAUCUACACGUUGAGGGCACUGUGCGUGCAGUAGUUCUGUAGUUGGGACGAAGCCGGGUUUGGAAGGUUCGUGUUUUUGUAUAAACAGGCCGGCUGGUGAGCGUGGAGUUCAGCUUGCGUGCCGCCGCUCCGGUUCUGGAUCCAGUCAGAAUGAUCUUCCACAUCCCAUGGAUCUAUGUUCCAGUUCGGAAUGUCCUAGCAAUCUGGCAUCAGCUGACAAAGUAUGAGGUGCCAGAACUAGCCAAACCCUCUGCCAUUCUGAAAGAGAGAGAAAAGGUGGAAAAGAUCAUCCAUAAUAUCCGCAGUGCUGGACCAGGAAAAUUACAGGUUAUUUCGGACUUUGAUAUGACGCUAACAAGGUUUGCUUAUAAUGGAAACCGUUGCCCCACAACACACAAUAUCCUUCAUAACAGCACCCUUAUAAGUGAAGAAUGCAAGUCUAAGAUGUCAGAAUUGUUAAGCCAUUAUUACCCGAUUGAGAUUGAUGACACCCGGUCUGUCGAGGAGAAGACACCUUUAAUGGUAGAAUGGUGGACAAAGGCCCACAACCUGUUGGUUGAGCAGCAAAUCGGGAAAGAUCAGCUGGCCGAGGCCGUGAGGGAGUCUAAUGCCAUGCUCAGGGAAGGUUAUCAGGGUUUCUUCGACUUGUUGAAGCAUCACUCCAUCCCUUUGCUCAUCUUUUCGGCUGGGGUGGGAGAUAUCCUGGAAGAGGUGAUCAGACACAACGGCGUGUUCCACCCUAAUGUGCGAGUCUUUUCCAACUACAUGGAGUACAAUGAAAAGGGUGUUUUAUGUGCAUUUAAAGAGCCCUUAAUCCACACAUUUAACAAAAAGGAGAGCGCCUUACUGAACCCAGACAUGUUUGGCCAGCUUCAGGAUCGGCCCAACAUUCUGCUGCUGGGAGACUCUUUGGGAGACCUGACGAUGGCUGACGGGAUCCAGAAUGCGCAAAAUAUUCUUCGCAUAGGUUAUCUCAAUGAUAAGGUUGAGGAAAGGAGGAGUGCGUAUGUCGACUCGUAUGACAUUGUGCUGGAGAAAGAUGAAACGCUGGAAGUUCCCAACGCCAUCCUCAAUUACAUCACUGAGGGAAAAUGAAGGUUCAACUGUUGGCCACACUGCCUGAGGAAGACCUGACCAAUCAGUGGCUAGUAUUACUCAGCUGCUGCCCCUAAGUUACAUACUCAAUCGUUUAUAAGUAAUAAGAACAUUUAAAUAAUCCCCUCUGCCUCCCUCUUGUUCAGCUUUCCUCCUAUUCUUUUGGUGAAAGAUUUAAGCUUUCCUGGCACACAGUUAGCAGUCCAUGGUGUACAAAUACCUACUGUCUCGAAGAAGUGAAAAAAAAAGAUGAUUGUUUGUUUGUAGUGUUAUUUUAAUCUGCUACUGAUUUUAAUCUACGGUUAAAUUGCUAACGUCUGUCUUUAUGCACAAAGUUUUUAUAUAUUCUAUGUAUAGACUAUAUUGCUAAAAGUAUUCGCUUGUCCUCAGUCACAUGCAUAUAAACACAGUGACAAUCCAUUCUAAAUCCAUAGGGGUUAAUAUGCUGUCGGCCCUUUGCAGCUUCUUUUGUCUGGCGAUCUGUGUUUGGGGUUUACCAGAAGAACACUGGUUUCAGUGAUUUGGUGCUUGAGUGAAUACUUUUAGCUAUAUAUGUAUAUAUAGGGUGUUGUUGUUUUUUUUCGGAAUUCCACUGAUAAUGUCCCUGUGUUUUCUGAUUUUUUUAUAUUGAUAUCUUCACCUAUACUGUGUUUGUAAUGUGUUGUUUUACUUGGUGAGUAAAAGCAGAAAUGUGAUGCUUAUAACGACAGCUAAUAAUCAGUGCAGCUACAGUUUAAAACCUCACCAUGUCCUUUAAUAUUUAACAGACUUUACUUUUAUUCUCCUCAAAAAAAAAUCCUACCAUGCUCCCGUGUCAUCAGUGCAGAGCGGCAUUUUACGGACCGAAUAAUACCUUUAUACUUCAUACUUUCCCAAAAUGAAAAUCUAUUAAUAAAAGUUGCUUUACUGAUGACACUCA